GUGACGUAGACUAAACCCCUCUAAUCUCUCGUCCAACCAGAUCAGAUCUAACUUGGGUGGGAGGAAGGAAACAGGGGCAAGAACGACUUCCAGAUGCUGGGGAUCGGACCAAGAACAGCGGCCUCGCCUCUUAAUUAGCUUGGAAAGAUCAAAUCAUCAACCAGCCACGCCGCGGAGAGAGGAGGGGAGAAGGAGGAGGAGGAAGAAGGGCGUCGUCAUCGGUUGUUGCGAUGAUGGAUCCGUCGUCGCGGGCGAUGGACGUGGAACGGUCGUCGCUGUGCAACUGCGUGGUGAAUUUCCUGCUGCAGGAGAAGUAUUUGCUCACCGCGUUCGAGCUCCUCCACGAGCUCCUCGAGGACGGUCGCCAGGACCAGGCCAUCCGCCUCCGGGAGUUCUUCUCUGAUCCCGCCCACUUCCCCCCCGACCAGAUCGCCCGCUUCAACGCCCUCCGAGUUGCAGAUCCACAAAGUUUGCUAGAAGAGAAAGUAGCUGUAGAAGAAAAAUUGGCGAUCAGUGAAUAUGAGCUUCGUUUAGCCCAAGAAGAUUUGUCAAGACUGAAGGCAGAGUUGCAAAAACAGAGGGAGUUCCAUCCUGAUGAAAGCAAUGAACUACAUUCGGAUGUCUCUGUAGCUGAUGGUCCUAAAAACCAACAGGAUAAGAGAGAGAUCACUUUUUCUUCUUUAGGCCCACUAAAAGACACUGAACGUAGAGACCUAAAUUGUGCUGUGAAGGAGUACCUGCUUUUUGCUGGGUACCGUCUUACUGCCAUGACGUUUAUUGAGGAGGUUACGGAUCAAAACCUUGAUGUCUGGACAAACAGUUCAGCUUGUGUAUCUGAUGCUUUGCGCCGUUACUAUUAUCAGUACCUUUCUUCUACCUCAGAGGCUGCUGAGGAGAAGAUGUCCAUUCUCCAAGAAAAUGAAUCACUAUUGAAAGAAAAUGAGAGGCUUAAUAAUGAAAAAACCUCCUUGCUUAGAAACAAGGAAUUCACUGAUGGCCAGAUUGUAGUUCUAACAAAGUCCUUGGAAGCUGCCCAAAAGGAUUUAAAGGACAGAGAAACUCUGGUUCAAGGUCUGAAGCAGUCUUUGGAUCUUCAGAGAAAGGAACUCAAUGACUGCAGAGCUGAGAUCACUGCACUAAAGAUGCACAUAGAAGGGGCCCGAGCUAGUAGAGGGUGGACUGGAGAAAGUGAAAGGAGACAAUCUCUUUCAAUUGAUAAAUCUAAGGAAGAAAUGAAAUCCUCGCAUAGUGAAAUAGAAAACUUAAAGACAUCCACAGGAAAUUCAGAGAGCGAGGAUACACAGCCAGAAGAAAAAGUUGUUGGGGCUAAUGAAGUAGCCUUAUCGUCUAAUCCCAUUGAGUCGGUAUUUGGAUCAUAUGUCAAGAAUGCUGAAUGUACUUCUGAAGAAGACAGAAGUACUCCUGAAGACAGAAUUAAGCCCAAUGAUGCAAUUUCUGAUUCCUUGACAAUUUCUUGUAAUGGUAAUUUACUUACUGAAAAUCGACAGAAUCUCCACAAUCACAUUUCCGAUUCACCAGCUGAAGAUAGAGGGUUUGUUCAAAAGACAGAGAGUCCUAAGAGGGAAAGAACUUCUGAUAAGAUGGCUUUGGAGACCAUCCAGAUACUUUCAGAUGCUUUGCCGAAGAUUGUACCUUAUGUUCUGAUCAACCACCGUGAGGAGCUUCUUCCACUGAUCAUGUGUGCAAUUGAACGUCAUCCAGAUAGCAGUGUGAGAGAUUCUCUAACUCACACAUUGUUUAAUCUAAUUAAACGACCAGAUGAACAGCAGAGACGAAUUAUAAUGGAUGCCUGUGUAAGCCUAGCUAAGAAUGUCGGAGAGAUGAGAACUGAAACAGAGCUUCUUCCCCAGUGCUGGGAACAGAUAAAUCAUACAUAUGAAGAGCGACGGCUACUAGUCGCCCAGUCAUGUGGGGAGCUGGCAGAAUUCGUUCGGCCUGAGAUUCGGGAUUCUCUCAUUCUAUCCAUUGUGCAACAACUAAUUGAAGAUUCUGCCACAGUUGUGCGAGAGGCUGCGGCUCGUAACCUGGCAUUGCUGCUCCCACUCUUCCCAAACAUUGACAAAUAUUUUAAGGUUGAGGAGCUGAUGUUCCAGUUGGUCUGCGAUCCUUCAGGAGUGGUCGUUGAUACUACACUUAAAGAACUUGUUCCUGCAGUAAUAAAAUGGGGAGGUAAAUUGGACCAUAUCCUACGAGUCCUUCUCUCCCACAUCUUAGGUUCUGCUCAGCGUUGUCCACCUCUUUCGGGGGUUGAAGGUUCUGUAGAUUCUUAUCUUCGUGUUCUGGGAGAACGAGAGCGCUGGAAUAUUGAUGUGCUGCUGCGGAUGUUGAUGGAAUUGCUUCCAUUUGUUCAUGAGAAAUCUAUUGCAACUUGUCCUUUUACUUCUGCAAUUGAGUCUCUUACAAGUUCAGAGAAUGGAAAAUCCUUUUUCUCUGCUUCCUUGCUUCACUUAUAUGCAGGGGGUCAUGUAGACUGGCCUGCAUUUGAUUGGAUGCACAUCGAAUGUCUUCCUGAUUUGAUUCAACUUGCUUGCCUCUUACCCAGUAAGGAAGACAAUCUAAGAACUCGAAUCACAAAGUACCUUUUGGAUGUUUCUGAACGGUUUGGGGAACAUUAUCUUGUGCACAUAAUGUUGCCAGUUUUCUUGGUAGCUGUUGGGGACAGUGAUAGUGCUGACUUGACAUUUUUCCCUUCUGCCAUCCAAUCUAGAAUAAAAGGUAUCAGGAACAAUCUCUUAGAGAUCUUAUCAUCAUUUCAUUAUCAAAAAAUUCACUCAUCUUGCUUGAUCACAGGCUUACGACCUAAAACUGCCGCGGCAGAGAGACUUGCUAUCAUGUGUGUACUUCCACUGUUACUGUCAGGUAUUUUGGGUGCUCCUGCCAGUCAUGAACAACUAUCAGAAUACUUGCGAAAACUGCUAGUGCAUAACACAAUGAGUGAAGGUUCUUGGUCUAUGUAUCGCACUAGUGAGCUCAUUGAUGCAGUUCGCUUCCUUUGUACAUUUGAGGAGCAUCAUGGAAUUAUUUUUAAUAUUUUAUGGGAAAUGGUCGUGAGCUCCAAUGUGAACAUGAAGACCAAUGCUGCAGCUCUGUUGAAAGUCCUUGUACCUUACAUUGAUAUUAAAGUUGCUUCAACUCAUGUAUUGCCUGCGCUUGUCACUCUCGGUUCUGAUCAAAAUUUAAAUGUAAAAUAUGCGAGUAUUGAUGCAUUUGGAGCUGUUGCCCAGCAUUUCAAAAAUGACAUGAUUGUUGACAAGAUACGCAUACAAAUGGAUGCUUUUCUUGAAGAUGGAUCACAUGAAGCUGCUAUUUCUGUUAUUCGUGCAUUAGUGGUGGCAGUACCGCAUACAACUGAUAGGCUACAAGAAUAUCUUUUGUCAAAGAUUUUUCAGCUUACAGGCAUGCCAUCUCCUGGAAAUGAUGUUAUGCGCCGCCGUGAGAGAACAAAUGCAUUUUGUGAAGCAAUCCGUGCUUUGGAUGCUACAGAUCUUCCUGCAACCAGCAUCCGAGAUUUCCUCUUACCUGCCAUACAAAACCUGCUAAAAGACCCAGAUUCUCUCGAUCCUGCACACAAGGAAGCGUUGGAGAUUAUAAUGAAGGAGAGGUCAGGAGGAACAUUUGAAAGCAUCAGCAAGGUGAUGGGAGCUCAUCUUGGCAUUGCAUCCUCUGUGAGUAGCUUCUUUGGCGAGGGUAGCCUUCGUGGAAAGAAAGAGGGUGGAGGACCAGAGCUUGUGGCCUCUCAGCAGCCCAGCCCAUCGACCCAACAAGAUGACACACGGUUCCAGCGAAUCAUGAGGGGUAGCUUUGGGGACAUGUUAAGGGGAAAAGGGAAAGGCUAUGAUGAUUCUCCGAAACAAUUGGGCUGAAGGUGAAAAAGUCGGGUGUUUUUCUGCUAUUGAAAAGCCUCCCUUGUGGCUAUGGUUAUACCGCCAGAUGGUUUUUGCCAAUUUUCUUUAGGGGGGAACAUCUUUUUUUCAUCAGAGGUUACUGGGAGUUGGUAAACAGGGCAGUAUGGCUGUGCAUAAGCUGAUGUUCUUUAGAAUACUAGGGAGACGAAAGAUCUCUGUAAUCACAGAAUGUUUGUCAUUCUUCCCAUAGUGCUUGAUAUUAAUCCAGCAUUCUUUGGACUUGCUACUCUUGCAAUUACAAUUGUUUAUUUGCACAUCUUCAGAGA